AUGCCUGCUGCCAUCGCCGCCGCCGCUGCCGCCAUCCGUGGGCCGCAGCAGGCCGCCUACGAGGAAGCAGGCUUCACUAGACGGAGCGUGCGGAUGCCGUCUGGCGAAGAGGUGUCCUAUCUCUCCCGCCGCAGCACCACUGACCCUCCCGAACGGUGUGUCGUCUUUCUGCACGGCAUGACCUCCGAUGCACUCGGCUCGGCGGCCGCCGUCGUCCCAAUCGCGAGCCGGCAGCCGCCCGGUGUGCGAAUCCUCGUUCCCGACGCCGCUGGCCACGGAAAGAGGCACGCAUGGGCGGUCCGCUCCAGCUGGGAGGGCCUCUCGCUCGACGACCACAUGUCUGACGUCGAGGCGUUCUGCGCGGCCGUUGGAGCGUCUGACGGCACCGUGCCGGUGGACCUCGUGGGGUACUCGAUGGGCGGCGCGACAGCAUUCGCGCUCGCAGCGCGGCACGUCAACGGCUCGGCGCCGGCUGCUAGCAGGUUGCCCGUGCGUCGCGUCGCGCUCCUCGCGCCGGCGCUGCUGGUGACGCAGGAGCUGUACGCCAUGACGCUCUCCGUCCAGCGCCACGGCGGCGUCGAGCGCUGCGUGUACAACUACCGCACCGAGGCGGAGGCGGAAGAGAUGCUUCGCCUCGUGGGGUACGCGGAGCCGCUCUGCGAGAAGCUCGCGCCGGUGCUGGCGUGGGGCCGCCGCGACCAGCCGCCUGACUUUUGGUGGAAGAUGUGGCGCGGCCUCGGCGGCGUGCAGGCGUUCGGCGAGGGCGAGGUAGACGCGGCCGUCGACGCCAAGCGGGCGGCGCUAGCCUCCUCCGGGAGCGUCCUCGCCGAGGCGGCGACGCCGGUGCUCGUCGUCCAGGGCAGCGCGGAGCUUGUGGUCGACGCGUCUGUGCCCAGGGAGGUGCGGAGGGCCGUCGGCAGCGCGUGUGACGUGGCGACGCUCGAGGGGUUCGGCCACCGCGGUCACCCGACGGACGCGUCAAAAGACUUUCUGACGGCGGCGGGUCAGGUCGUCGGGCCCUGGCUGGGACGGUGA